AGUAUUACGUGUUAAUAGAAAAAAGGCACCUAAAAGCAAUCCAAAUUCAUACUAGGCACACAAAAUCGAUCAAUAUUGUAAUCAAAAUAUACAUCUUAAGACCUCUUCUGCCCUUGUACUGUCUCGGGUGCCAAUUCUCUAUCAACACGAUAGUCUACAAAUCCACAUACCUGAUGCUUAUCUCUGUUUUCACGAAUAUUUUUUCAGUUGCGACAGAUGAAUAUAAAUGAACAACCGACUCUCAUGAAGGAAUUUAACCUGUCUGUGUCACAAAAAUUUGAGGAAAUACCAGCUAGAGUCCUCGAAGCUCCUAAAUUAAAAUAUGCUAGACAAGAGCCAGUACGUGUGACGAAAGGAGUAUGGCGAGCAGACAAAUUUUUAAACCCGAGCAAUUUAGGAGACAAUGAAUGGACUAUUUUGAACUUAGACACCAGAGUACAAGACCGACAAUUACAGGAUGGUUUACAUAAAAAAUUACGAGAGGGUGGUAAUUUCAUCAAUAUGGUAAUUGGAAAAGCACAAACUCCAUUCGCAUCCUUUCCUAUAUACGGUAAAGGUAUCGGCAACAUUUCAACAUUUUUUGCCGAAAAGAAGAAACAAGGAAUAAAACUGGUUGUCGUAGUAAUUCCAAAUAUAGAUAAUGCAUACAGUGUGGUGAAGCAGAUCUCCGAAUUGAAAAUAAGAGGGGGUGUAGUAACUCAAUGCAUAAAGUCAAAAACAUUAGAAAAACUGACUGAUGCGACAGUUACAAAUAUUUUAUUGAAGAUUAACUCGAAACUUAAUGGUGUUAACCAUCUACUUUAUCAGCGACCACCUUGCUUAGAGACCCCAUGCAUGUUAGUAGGUGCGGAUGUGACUCAUCCAUCUCCGGAUUCUAUAAAUAUACCUUCAAUUGCUGCGGUUGCAUCGAGUCAUACUCCAAAUGCUUUCCAAUAUAAUGUUGAAGUAAGACUCCAGCCACCGAAAGAGGAAAUAAUUCUCGAUCUUGAACAAAUAAUGUGCAAUCAGUUACUAUUCUUUUAUCGCGCAACACAUAAAAAACCACAGAAAAUUAUCUUUUAUCGAGAUGGCGUGAGUGAAGGACACCUUCCCCAAGUGAUGCAUUUUGAGUUAACCGCUAUAAAAAACGCUAUCUCGAAAGUGGGAAAUGGAACUGAUAAAAUUCCAAUAACGUUUCUUGUGGUUCAAAAGAGACACCACAUACGUCUCUUUCCGACUGACAAAGCCAAUUCGGACGACAGGAAUUUUAAUGUGCAAGCUGGUACCGUUGUUGAUACAGACAUCACACAUCCAAGUCAUAUUGAUUUCUACCUUGUAUCUCAUGCUAGCAUUCAAGGCACUGCAAGGCCUACGAAGUAUAGAUGUAUCUGCAACGAAAUUGGGAUGACAGAAGAUGAAAUUGAGCAAUUGACAUAUUAUCUUU